AUGGGGGCAAGGGAGCCGUCCGACCACAUCCCGCAGGGCAGCAGAUCCUCUCUUCAUCCCGCCAGGCCGCUGGGCCUGAGGCCUUUCUCACCCCAUUCGAGAACCUACGUCGCCAGCCGGGGAUCCGCAGGGGUACCAGCCCCCGCCCCACCCCGCAGACAGCCUGGCGUCGGGACACCGGGGACGCCUGCGCAGAAGAACCCGCCUGGCCCCUUGGCUCCAACGUGUCAGAGGAGGUGGGAACGUCCAGACCAGUGUCUCCGUUACAGGACUUCCUCCCCCUUCCACCCGCCCCCCUCCCACCCCGCCUCUAGUCCCCUAGCUCCUCCAGCCAGUUCGCCGCGGCACUCUGAGAACACGGCGGCGGCGCCCGAGGAUAAACGGAAGCUAGCGGGCUUUCCGCCUAAAUCCGCCAAUCACAACAACGACUGCGUGAGGUCUGAGGGCGCCGGAGAGGCGGGCCCUCAGGGCAGGCCGUACCGCCAUUGGCUGGUCCUGAAGGAUUUUUCCACCCUCGUGGUGCUCGGCCCUUUAGUGACCCAGGGCUCUUCUCCGGGAUUGAUCGGUAAAAUAAGGAAAAUAUGGAAUGAUGACAGUAAGCCAGGCAAUAGGAGAGAUUCUUUUGCGUAUCUGUCUCUCAACGGAACCCGCGGGGGCAGCGCAGUGAGGUGGGUGACCCUGUUCCUGAAUGGCAGCCCCAAGAACGGAAAGGUGGUUGCUGCAUAUGGAACUUUAUCUGAUUUGCUGUCUGUGGCCAGCAGUAAAUUCGGCAUAAAAGCCACCAGUGUGUAUAAUGGGAAAGGUGGACUGAAUGAUGAUACUGUUUUGAUCAGGGAUGAUGAUGUUUUAUUUGUGUGUGAGGGAGAGCCAUUUAUUGAUCCUCAGACAGAUUCUAAGCCUCCUGAAGGAUUGCUAGGAUUCCACACAGACUGGCUAACAUUAAAUGUUGGAGGGCAGUACUUUACAACUACCUGGAGCACUUUAGUGAAUAAAGAACCUGACAUUAUGCUGGCCCACAUGUCUAAGGACAAAGGUGUCUGGGGAAAUAAGCAAGAUCAUAGAGGAGCUUUCUUAAUUGACCAAAGUCCUGAGUACUUUGAACCCAUUUUGAACUACUUGUGUCAUGGACAGCUCAUUGUAAAUGAUGGCAUUGAUUUAUUGGGUGUGUUAGAAGAAGCAAGAUUUUUUGGUACUGACUCAUUGAUUGAACACCUAAAAGUGGCAAUAAAGAAUUCUCAACUACCAGAGGAUCAUUUACCAAUAUCCCGAAAGGAAUUUGUCUGAUGUUUGCUAGCAACUCCAACCAAGUCAGAAAUGUGAUGCCAGGGUUUGAACUUCAGUGGGAGUCAAAUGCUCUGUUCUAAUGCAGAAGGAGCAUCUCUGAAACUGUGUAAUUUUGAGGAUCCUUCUGGUCUUAAAGCCAAUUUAGAAGGUGCUAAUCUGAAAGGUGUGGAUAUGGAAGGAAGUCAGAUGACAGGAAUUAACCUGAGAGUGGCUACCUUAGAGAAUGCAAAGUUGAAGAACUGUAACCUCAGAGGAGCAACUCUGACAGGAACUGAUUUAGAGAAUUGUGAUCUGUCUGGGUGUGAUCUUCAAGAAGCCAACCUGAGAGGGUCCAACGUGAGGGGAGCUAUAUUUGAAGAGAUGCUGACACCACUACACAUGACACAAAGUGUCAGAUGAGAAUUUUAGGGGCUGAAUGAAGAUGUGCAAGAUGAAAAUGUUUUCCUUAUCACUUUUCUUUCUCCACCCACUCAGUUGUC